AUGGAGGGGCUGAGCCAGCGCUGCCCGCUGCCCCCCGCUGCACAGGGCUGCCCCCGGCCCGGCCGCGGCUCCGUGCUGCUGGUGCUGACGCUGCUGCUGCUCCUGUACCCCCUGCUCCGGGGCCUGGCUCUGCAGCUGCACUGGGCUGUCAGCGGCAGCUACGUGCCAGGGACACACUCCGUGGCCUUCAUCAGCUGUCCCAACGAGCACAUCGCCAGGGACAUCGCCAGGGCCAUCAUGGAUAAGAGACUGGCUGCCUACGUGAACAUCCUGCCCAAGAGCUCAGCCUUGUAUUUCUGGAAAGGGGAAUUGGAAGAAUCCACUGAAAUACUGCUGUUGGUGAAAACAAGGACGUCCAAAAUAGGGGAAUUGUCCAACUACGUCAGAUCCAUCCAUCCCUUUGAAAUCCCCGAAAUCAUCAGCCUGCCCAUUGACCAAGGAAACCCUGUCUACCUCAAAUGGAUAGAGGAGAACGUCCCGCGGGACUGA